AGCUGUUUUGACAGUUGGAGUAGGGAGAGAUUUCAUCUCCUCUCUCCUUCCUUCUCUCCCAUCCUUCAUUCAUUUAACGCGCAGACCUGGAAUGCUGUAGGAAGAAGAGAAAGCAAAUUUAUGAGUUCUUUAAUCCCAGACAGGCAGCUUUGUGGCAGUUACCUUCAAGAAAAGUUCACGCCCCAAAGGAGUGUUUAGUCUUACGGAGCCACUGACUCACCAAGCAGCGCGUGUGAGUGUCUGUGAGGGAGAAGGGCAGAGAUGAAGAAGUUUUGCUUCCUCAUGAAACUCGUAAUAUUAUUGUUUUAAGGAGUUUUUGAAAAGAUGACUGCUACUUUUGUUUAAAGUAUUUGUUCUGGAAUUGCUGAAGCUGGAGUCUACCAGACUGAGGUCAGGAGCAUUUUCUUUGGCAGAAAGAAGAUAACAUUUAUAGAAGCCAUGCCUGUGCUUGGGGUUGCCUCCAAGCUAAGACAGCCAGCCGUAGGGUCAAAGCCUGUUCAUACUGCCCUCCCGAUACCAAACCUUGGCCCCACCGGCUCACAGCAGUACUCACCAAAGUCCUUGGAGCUUGCUGGGGCAGAGAGCUCGAUGCUUUCUUGUCAGCUCACGUUAAAGUCAACCUGUGAUUUUGGAGAGAGGAGAGCACUUCAAGGAAAAACCCAGGAGACUGAAGAUAGCAAGAUUUACACUGACUGGGCUAACCACUACCUAGCAAAAUCUGGCCACAAGCGGUUGAUCAAGGAUUUGCAACAGGACAUUGCAGAUGGAGUUCUGCUAGCAGAAAUCAUCCAGAUCAUCGCAAAUGAGAAGGUUGAAGAUAUCAAUGGCUGUCCCCGGAGCCAGUCUCAAAUGAUUGAGAAUGUUGAUGUCUGCCUUAGCUUUCUGGCAGCCAGAGGCGUAAAUGUCCAAGGUCUUUCUGCGGAAGAAAUAAGGAAUGGAAAUUUGAAAGCCAUUUUAGGGCUGUUUUUCAGUUUGUCUCGGUACAAACAGCAGCAACAUCAUCAGCAACAGUACUAUCAGUCUUUGGUGGAGCUACAACAGCAAGUCCCUUCACCUUCAGCUGAAAGCAGCCAGUCCAAAACACACCAAGAUAUGCAGUCGAGUCUCACAGCCAGAUAUGCAACUCAGUCUAAUCACAGUGGAAUUGCAACCAGUCAAAAAAAGACUUCUAGGCUUCCAGGACCCUCAAGGGUGCCAGCUGCAGGCAGCAGUACCAAAGUCCAGGGAGCUUCUAAUUUAAAUCGGAGGAGCCAGAGCUUUAACAGCAUUGACAAAAACAAGCCUCCACAAUAUGCAAAUGGAAAUGAAAAAGCAGAUUCACCAAAAGGCACUCACCCAUCUACAGGCAUGAAUGGAAACGUGCAGCAUCCCACCAGCACCGGGCAGCAGCAGGUCUCUGCCAUACCCUCUCCAAGUGCCAGCAAGCCUUGGCGCAGCAAAUCCAUGAAUGUCAAACACAGCGCAACCUCGACCAUGCUGUCCGUGAAGCAGCCUAGUCCCGCAACCUCCCCUACUCCAUCUUCAGACAGGCUUAAGCCACCCCCAUCUGAAGGCAUGAAGCCACCUUCAUCUGGACAAAAAUCUAUGCUGGAAAAAUUCAAGCUAGUUAAUGCUAGGACUGCUCUGAGACCUCCUUUGUCGUUGAGCUCAGGACCCAGUGAUAGUGGGAGAGAAGAUGAUACCUUUUCAGAGUGUGGUGAGACAGAUGUGUUAAGCGGUGGGGUGAACAGUGGUGGCUCCACAAGUAGCAGUCCUAAAGUAUCACCGAAGAUAACUCCUCCGAAAGCUGGAAGCAAAAAUCUCAGCAAUAAAAAGUCUUUGCUACAGCCAAAGGACAAAGAGGAAAAGAACAGGGACAAAAAUAAAGUUUGCACUGAGAAAACAGUCAAGGAAGAGAAGGACCAAGUCACUGAAACAUCUACAAAGAAAAGCUCAAAAAUUGCAAGCUUAAUCCCAAAGGGAAGCAAAACAGCAACAGCCAAGAAGGAAAGUUUAAUACCAUCUUCUAGUGGAAUCCCAAAACCUGGAUCGAAAGUGCCAACAGCAAAGCAGAGUGCUUCAUCUGCGUGCACAGGAAGUAAGGAGGUUGAGAAACUGAGGACUACAAAAGGAAACCAAUCCCAAAUAAUACCAAAAUCUCAACUCAAUGAGAAGGCUUCUCCUUCCUGUGGGCUUGCUUCUUCUGAAGGGAAAGAACCAAGCGCAGCUCUCACCCCGGGCUCCUCUGCAGCUCUCUCGGGCUCAGUGUUGGCAAGCAGCAGCCAAGGCACGGGGAACGGCAUCGUCCAACUUCCUCAGCAACAGCAAUACAGCCACCCCAACACUGCCACAGUAGCUCCUUUCAUUUAUAGAACUCUCUCUGAAAAUGACAGUACCUCUUUACCACCUGCUGACUCAUGCACCAGUCCUACUAAAAUGGAUUUGUCAUUCAGUAAGACUGCCAAACAGUGCCUAGAGGAGAUAUCUGGGGAAGACCCUGAAACAAGAAGAAUGAGAACUGUAAAGAAUAUAGCAGACCUGAGACAGAAUUUGGAAGAAACUAUGUCCAGCCUUAGAGGGACCCAGAUAAGCCACAGCACAUUGGAGACAACUUUUGACAGCACUGUGACAACUGAGGUGAAUGGGAGAAGCAUACCAAGCUUGACAAGCCGGUCCACCCCAGUGACUUGGAGGUUAGGGCAGGCCAGCCCUCGGCUGCAGGCAGGAGAUGCCCCAUCCUUGGGUGCUGGUUAUCCUCGCAGCAGUGCGAGUCGCUUCAUACACACAGAUCCUUCUCGAUUCAUGUACACCACUCCGCUUCGCCGAGCAGCGGUUUCUCGCCUUGGAAAUAUCUCUCAGAUCGACAUGAGUGAGAAGGGAGGUAGUGAUUUGGACAUGUCUUCUGAAGUUGACGCUGGUGGCUACAUGAGUGAUGGGGACAUUCUUGGGAAAAGUCUUAGAACUGAUGACAUCAAUAGUGGGUACAUGACAGACGGAGGACUCAACCUAUAUACGAGAAGUCUGAACCGAAUACCAGACCUAGCUGCUUCUCGAGAUGUCAUUCAGAGAGGGGUUCAUGAUGUGACUGUGGAUGCUGACAGUAAGGAUUUGGACAAUAUAAGCUGGGAUGAUAGCAGCUCAGUAAGUAGUGGCCUCAGUGACACUCUUGACAACCUCAGCACAGAUGAUUUGAACACCACCUCAUCUGUCAGCUCUUAUUCCAAUAUAACUGCCUCUUCAAGAAAGAAUGCUCAUGCCCAGCUGAAGACAGACUCAGAGAAGCGUUCAGUUACAGACAGCGAAACUUGGGGCAGCACUGAAGAGCUGAAGAAACCAGAGGAAGAUUUUGACACCAGCAUAGACAGCAGUGGCAAGUGGAAAGGCCUUCCCUCGGGGCUGUCUGAAGAGUCAGAGAAGGGGGGUCAGAAAGCAUCCCUCUCUGUUUCACAGACUGGAUCCUGGAGGAGAGGCAUGACUGCACAAGUAGGAGCAACUCAGUCCAGGCACAAAGCAGGAACCAGUGCUCUCAAGACCCCGGGAAAAACAGAUGAUGCUAAAGCUUCAGAAAAAGUGAAAACUCCCCUGAAAGGAGCCUCCAUUCAGCGCUCUCCAUCAGAUGCAGGGAAAAGCAGUGGCGAUGAAGGAAAGAAGCCUCCCUCUGGCAUUGGGCGAUCAACUGCUACUGGGUCCUUUGGGUUCAAGAAGUCUGGGAUGGGCUCUUCUACCAUAAUCACUACAAGUGGAGCCACCAUCACAAGUGGCUCAGCAACUCUGGGAAAAAUACCAAAAUCUUCAGCCAUUGGUGGGAAGUCCAAUGCGGGGCGGAAGACAAGCUUAGACGGUUCCCAGAACCAGGAUGAUGGUGUCCUGCACAUGAACUCAAAGACGACACUGCAGUAUCGAAGCCUGCCUCGCCCGUCAAAGUCCAGCGGCAGCGGGAUCCCUGGCCGAGGUGGGCACCGCUCCAGCACCAGCAGCAUCGACUCCAAUGUCAGCAGCAAGUCUGCAGGUGCUGCCACCACCAAACUGCGGGAGCCAAGCAAGAUCGGGUCUGGGAGGUCCAGUCCCGUCACCAUCAAUCAGACGGACAAGGAGAAGGAGAAAGUGGCCGUGUCUGAUUCUGAGAGUGUCUCACUAUCAAGUUCCCCCAAAUCCAGCCCAACUUCUGCAAGCGCCUCUGGCACACCAGGUCUUAGGCAGCCAGGAUCCAAAUACCCAGAUAUUGCCUCACCCACUUUUCGAAGGUUGUUUGGUGCCAAGGCAAGUGGUAAAGCUGCCUCUGCACCCAGUACUGAAGGUGUGAAACCCACAUCGGCAAUGCCCAGCCCUAGUACCACCUUGGCACGGCAAGGCAGCCUGGAAUCGCCAUCCUCGGGCACAGGCAGCAUGGGCAGUGCAGGUGGGCAAAGUGGUAGCAGCAGCCCCCUCUUCAGUAAACCUUCGGACUUAAAUGCAGAUGUUGUAAGCUUAAGUCACUCCUUGGCUUCCAGUCCCGCCUCAGUGCACUCUUUCACAUCAGGUGGUCUUGUGUGGGCUGCAAACCUGAGCAGCUCUUCAGCGGGCAGUAAGGACACACCAAGUUACCAGUCCAUGACUAGCCUUCACACCAGUUCCGAGUCUAUUGACCUUCCUCUUAGCCAUCAUGGCUCUCUCUCUGGACUGACAACAAGCACUCAGGAGGUUCAGAGCCUGCUCAUGAGGACUGGAAGCGUCAGAUCUACUCUUUCGGAAAGCAUGCAGCUUGACAGAAAUACACUACCCAAAAAGGGAUUAAGAUACACUCCAUCAUCCCGGCAGACGAGUCAGGAGGAAGGAAAGGAGUGGCUACGUUCCCAUUCAACUGGAGGCCUGCAAGACACUGGCAGUCAGUCCCCGCUCGUUUCUCCUUCAGCUAUGUCUUCAUCUGCAACUGGCAAAUAUCACUUUUCCAACCUGGUGAGCCCAACCAACCUGUCUCAGUUUAACCUUCCUGGACCGAGUAUGAUGCGUUCAAACAGCAUCCCUGCACAAGACACUUCUUUUGAUCUGUAUGAUGACUCCCAACUGUGUGGCAGUGCUACAUCCCUAGAAGAGAGACCACGAGCCAUUAGUCAUUCAGGUUCAUUCAGGGACAGCAUGGAGGAAGUACAUGGGUCCUCAUUAUCACUUGUCUCCAGCACAUCCUCUCUCUACUCUACGGCAGAAGAAAAGGCACAUUCAGAGCAAAUUCAGAAACUACGAAGAGAGCUGGUUGCAUCACAAGAAAAAGUUGCUACACUUACAUCUCAACUUUCAGCAAAUGCUCAUCUAGUAGCAGCUUUUGAAAAAAGCUUGGGAAAUAUGACCGGCCGGUUGCAAAGUCUAACAAUGACAGCUGAACAAAAGGAAUCUGAGCUUAUAGAACUACGGGAAACCAUUGAAAUGCUGAAAGCCCAGAAUUCUGCUGCACAAGCUGCUAUUCAAGGAGCCUUGAAUGGUCCUGAUCAUACCCACAAAGAUUUACGUAUAAGACGGCAACAUUCUUCAGAAAGUGUUUCCAGCAUCAACAGUGCGACGAGCCACUCAAGCAUUGGCAGUGGUAAUGAUGCUGACUCCAAGAAGAAGAAAAAGAAAAACUGGGUGAACUCUAGAGGAAGUGAGCUAAGAAGUUCUUUCAAACAGGCCUUUGGAAAGAAGAAGUCCACCAAGCCUCCUUCCUCACAUUCUGACAUAGAAGAGCUGACAGAUUCCUCUCUUCCUUCAUCACCCAAAUUGCCCCACAGCUCAGGAGAGUGUGGGGCAACAUCAAUGAAACCAUCACAGUCAGCAUCUGCGAUCUGUGAGUGCACAGAGGCAGAGGCUGAAAUUAUUCUUCAGCUAAAGAGUGAGCUGAGGGAGAAAGAGCUAAAAUUAACAGACAUUCGUCUUGAAGCCCUUAGCUCUGCACAUCAUCUGGAUCAGAUUCGGGAAGCCAUGAACCGCAUGCAGAAUGAAAUAGAGAUACUGAAAGCUGAAAAUGAUCGUUUAAAGGCAGAGACUGGAAAUACUGGAAAACCUGCUCGGCCAUCGUCAGAGUCUUCAAGCAGCACAUCAUCUUCUUCAUCACGGCAGUCACUAGGACUUUCUCUGAACAAUUUAAACAUCACAGAAUCUGUUACAUCAGAUAUUUUGUUGGAUGAGGUCACAGAAGGAGCACUCCACAAAGAAGGCCACAGCGUGAAAAUUCUAGUUACUAUAAACAAGGGCUAUAGUCGAGCCAAGGAUCAAAAAACACAUGCAUAUCUGAUAGGAUCAAUUGGAGUCAGUGGAAAAACAAAAUGGGACGUUUUAGAUGGUGUAAUCAGGCGUCUCUUUAAGGAAUAUAUUUUCCGAGUGGACCCAGCUACUAGCUUGGGUUUAAGCUCUGACUGCAUUGCUAGCUAUUCUAUAGGGGAUGUAAUUAGAGCCCAUAGCCUAGAAGUGCCUGAACUGCUGCCUUGUGGAUAUCUGGUUGGAGAUAAUAACAUCAUCACUGUGAACCUGAAAGGAGUGGAAGAAAACAGUUUGGACAGUUUUGUGUUUGACACAUUAAUUCCUAAGCCAAUUACCCAGCGUUACUUUAAUUUACUGAUGGAGCAUCGCAGAAUUAUUCUUUCGGGACCCAGUGGCACAGGAAAGACCUAUUUAGCUAAUAGGCUGGCUGAAUAUGUUAUAACUAAAUCUGGCAGGAAAAAAACUGAGGAUGCAAUUGCAACUUUUAAUGUAGAUCACAAGUCAAGCAAGGAUCUGCGACAAUACCUGGCUAACCUAGCCGAACAAUGCAGUGCUGACAACAAUGGUGCUGACCUCCCUGUGGUCAUAAUUCUGGAUAAUCUCCACCACAUCAGUUCACUAAGUGACAUCUUCAAUGGUUUCCUCAAUUGUAAAUAUAAUAAAUGUCCCUAUAUUAUUGGAACUAUGAACCAGGGAGUUUCUUCUUCACCAAAUCUGGAGCUGCAUCACAAUUUCAGGUGGGUGCUGUGUGCUAAUCACACGGAGCCUGUUAAAGGCUUCUUGGGCAGGUAUCUAAGAAGGAAACUGAUUGAGACUGAAAUAGAAAAGAACAUACGCAAUAAUGAGCUCAUCAAAAUCAUUGACUGGAUCCCAAAAACAUGGCAUCAUCUCAACAGCUUCCUAGAAACACACAGUUCUUCAGACGUAACCAUUGGUCCCCGCCUUUUCCUCCCUUGUCCAAUGGAUGUUGAUGGCUCCAGAGUGUGGUUCACAGACCUCUGGAACUACUCCUUGGUGCCAUAUCUUCUGGAAGCAGUGAGAGAAGGACUUCAGAUGUACGGUAAGAGGGCACCCUGGGAGGAUCCCUCCAAGUGGGUAGCUGAUACCUAUCCAUGGAGCUCUGCAACUCUGCAACAUGACUGGCCAUCAUUACUUCAGUUAAGACCAGAAGAUGUUGGUUAUGAAGGCUAUGCAUCAGCAAAAGAAGGAACAACCUCAAAGCAUGUUCCACAGACUGAUACAGAGGGGGAUCCCUUGAUGAAUAUGCUAAUGAGGCUUCAAGAGGCAGCCAACUAUUCGAGCGCACAAAGCUGUGACAGCGAUAGCACCAGCCACCACGAUGACAUUUUGGAUUCGUCCCUUGAAUCGACUCUCUGAAAGGGACAAACCUUGGUGGAAGAUUAUGGUAAAAUCUGUUUCCACUAGACCACUGCCAGUAUUAAAGCAGCACGCCGAGGUCCCUGAAUGAGAAUGGUGUGUUGUAGGUAGGCAGGAGACCUAACUCUGCAAAGUCAGGAAGAAAAAUUGAAGUGGAAAGCUUGAAUUAGUUUAAUUUCAAGGCAUUUUGAUACCUACGGAGCCAAGUGAGACUCCAUUUGACAACUGGAAAAUGCCCUAGAUCAAGGGCAUCUAAGCAGAUUGCACACGUGUUAGCCAAACUGGAAUUUUUUUUCUUUUCCUCUUUCUCUUUCUCUCUUUCUCUGCCUCUCUCUCUGCGUCUCUGUUUCUCUGUACGAGUUUACAGUGCAACUUGGGUUUUUCUUGUUGAUUUUCUUUUUUUUUUCUUCUUCUUCUUUUUUUUUUUUUUUCCUUUUAUUCCCUUUAGUUUACCCUGAGGCACUGCAUGAACAAUGCAGUCUUCUAAUUUUCUUCUAGCCUCUGUUGUGCCACAUGGUGUUGGUCGCAGGACUGCAGUGGUGUUUGUGUUGUACGCUACUGCCCAUUCCAAAAUGAGUCAGAGAUGAUGAUAGUAACUCAGAAAGCACAAACAGUAUUGUGCAAUCACCAGAAAACAUGACUGUGAUAUGCUGGAUAAGUGCCAAUUUAAUUCUAACUGCCAUGGUCACGGUGAUGCGCUCCAUCAAGUUUUUAGUAUACAAGUCACAGAUUUUAUAAAGUUGUUUUUACCACAAAGGUCUUUUUUAACCACCUGCCCACUCCUUAACAACAGUUUUAUACCAAUUAUUAACCAACACUGAUUAAAGGCUUCUUAGGGCUUCAUUUGUUUGAGCCUUUUCAGUGAAAGAAGGAACAUUUCUUAUGGUGCUGUCUCACUGCCUUAAAACAGAUUUCUAGAACAGUUUUACAGUUGGUUUAGCUCCUAAACCAUUGGUAAUUUACACUGUUUUUUUCUUCAUUUACUAAUGAAAAAAAGUCAGUUAACACAGUAGCCUCAUAUCUGUAUAUCAUGAUUUUUUAAAGAAAUGGAUAGGAGAAAGAACAGUUGCUAUAUAAUAUUUUUAUCUUGUGAAUAGAUUGCUCUGCCUACCCUCAGAAAAACACAAGGAACCCAAACCCACUUCCACUGCCACCUAAAAUGCUGAGAAAAUCGGCUCAAAUCCAUUUGGUCCCAUGGAAUGGAGUUUUUGGAGGAUAGAUGUUUUGAAUUUUUAUCCAGCAGAGCUGGAUGUACUUGAUGCAGCAUGAGCACAAAUAUAUGUUUUGUUGUUGUUUUUUUUUCUUUUUUUUUUUUUCCUUUUUCUAGUUUUAGCAUGUUGUUUUGAUUGCUAUUGUUGUACAUGAAAAAAUCAGCAUAAAAGAACACUGAAGCAGUGAUGUCCACUGUGGAAGAGGAAGAGUUUAUACUGUAAAAGUGGGUUGGUUUUGCACAGUCUACUGGGUGGGAAAUGUAAAUAUGAAAAAAAGAAAAACAAACAAAAAAAAAGCCUUGCACAAAACAAAUCAAAAACAAGCAAACAAAAAAUUGUAUUUUAUUCUGUUGGUGUUAAGAGAUGUUUCACUUGCUGAGAUUUCCUGUAUGUUGCAAACAAAUACAGAAUGCAAACCUUAAAAGCUGUUAUUACCUGGUGUGUUUGUCCUGUACUUACAGUUGUUCUGACUAUGCAGGAGCUAUCAAUGCUACAGUGAGCAUGUUUCAAUAUCUAUAUGAAGCCAAUACAUUUUGGGGGACAAAACAUCUGGAAAUGUUUAAGUGCAUAUGUCAUGGCAGGCUACAACCAGAUUGCAUUAAAACUGCUCAGAAUAUCCGGGAGUGCUCCUUUACCACAAGAGGCAUCCGGUUCAAAUAGGUGCAUAUAAACCAGAAGGUACCUAAGGGCUUUGGCAUUGUGUAGACAUGUACUGUACACCUCCAUGGAUGUUAUCUUCAGGAUGUGUAUUUGGUGCUAUUAACUCUUUGUGGCCACCCCGUGGUCGCUCGCUGUAAAACAGAUAAAUCAAUGCAGUUUUCAAAUGGCACUGAGCUGCAUCACUGAAUCUAGAGGUUCCUACACGGUGCUAUUGCCCUAAUAAAACUCCAACUGAUGUUAUGCAUGUAGGAUUCAGUCAGACCAACAUCAUGCCCCCAAAAUCUGGAUCCAUUUCUGUUGUACAAUGUCAGUGCGUACAUCCUGACUGACUCAAAGAACUAAAGGAAAGCUGCUCUUUCCUGUACCUGUGCUCUGAGCAAACCUGCAAAUCUUUUCCUGCCAUAUUUAACACACAAACACACAAUAUCACAUAUACAAAACUUCCUGCAAUACAUCUCAGUGAGUCCACCUAGUUUACAACUCAGAAAUUGUUUGUGAAACAUUUGUCUGUAUACAUUUUAUAUUUUGUACAUUUUUGAUGUAACAUAUCAUGUAAAUAGACAGAAACAGUGAAAUAAAUCAUCUGAAAAGUUUUGUAGUCUUUGUAAAGCCCUAAUAAUAAGUAUUUGGUGUCAUCGGACUUAACUGGAUGAUGUAUUUUCUAUUGGUUUAUUGUUCCUCUAGCUUGUAAACCAGCUUGCGUAUAUUUUUUUGCAGGUGUGCGCACUGUAUCUGUCUAAAUUAUUACUUUGCCAUUAAAGUGGAAUUAUUUAUUGAAAA